GUCUGUCGUGAUGGAACGAAUUCCUGUAUAGUGCUCUUCUCAAAAAAACAACGGAGGAGGAGAACCUAUCGUAAUUUUUUCUUCAUUUAAUUCGAACCGAGAGAAUCAUCAAAACCGAAUAUUUUUGAAAAGUGGAAAUAAAUAGUGUGUGAUUAGCUCUGAAAUGAGGUGCUUUUCUUAAACUAUCCAGUACGAUCGGAAGAUCGUCAAUACGGAUCAUUUCAGGCCAAGAAAAAUGAAGGCAGUCUGGGACUUUGGAUACGAGGAAGGGUGUCAAGAAAAAGAAGAACAGCUAGAAACUGACGAGCGUGACGUCUACGAUUUUGUGCCGUCUGUGACCAAGUCAGGCUCGCAAAGAAGAGAAAAAUAAUUGCGAGCAAUACCACAGUCAACAGUGUUUAAAUAAGGGCCCAAAUGGUUCUUUAUUAGUUUGCCAUAAUCAUUGAGCAUUUAGAAAGUGUGACCAUCACCUGCCAUUCGCAUCCUUGAAGAAAAUUGCAACCUUUGUUUAAUUUCGUGGUUAAAUCUGCCAAAGUUUAGACGGCGAAUAAGAGAAAAAGGCAAAAGAGCGUACCGAAUGAGCUUCGUAGAAAAAUUAUCUAACUGCAUAUUUACAUGGUGCAUACAUAAUAAGCACCCCGUAAGCAUUCACACAGGCAAUCAGUUCCCGCAACAACAACGCCACACCAAAUGAAUACCUCGACGCUUGCAGCUGUUGGCGAGGAUAGCGCUGAAUGGUCCACCUUGCACUGCAGCAAGGAUGCAUUAACCGACUUUUUCGGCUGGUUUCUACAAGGUAUUCUGGCGACGCUAGCCUUCACUUGUCUGAUCGGAAAGAGAUUCUGCGAGCCAUUAUACAGCAGACGUUCCUGGGAAACAUGGUGGUACGACACAUCGAAGCAAGGCAUUGGAGCCUUAGUGAUUCACAUGACUAACGUGUAUUUAGCCCCGUUAUUCCAGGGGGAUCCCUGUACCUGGUAUAUUAUCAACUUUCUUCUGGAUUCCACGAUUGGUUUGUUCAUCAUUUAUAUUGGAAUUAAAACCUGUCAGUAUUUAGCGCGGAAAAAGAAGUGGGACGCGAUCAACUUUGGAGAAUAUGGAGCACCCAAAUCGUGGCUCUACCAAACCUGGAUCUACGUAGGACUGAUGGCGAUCGUUAAGUUAAUAACGACUCUGUUCAUUCAACUCGACAUUUGGGACAAUGUGAAAAACUUUGUCCUGUCUCCCUUCAAAGAUCCGCGUAUCGAGCUAGCGGUGGUGAUGCUUGUCAUUCCUUUCUUCGUUAAUAUUCUUAUCUUCUGGGUAACAGAUAACUUUUUGAUGCGACAUACACGGAAGAAACGCAGCACCGGUCCAACGCAUAAUCACGGAAGGGAGCAUAGUUUGUUACAAAAAGUAAAAUACAAAAUGAUACAAAAAACCAAACCUAAUGACUCAGAAUCUGAUACUCUUUUAUCAGGCGAUGAAGAAAUAUUAAACUUUAAAUCGUCAAGCAGCGCCAUUUCGUCGUCGCAGAUGCAAGUAUCCAACGGAUGUUCCUCGUCAUCAGCGGCGUUUAUGGAUGACACGGCUAUCAUUCUCACCUCAUCAGCAGCAUCACCUAGCAAUAAGCAAAAUGUCCAACAGCGAACUAGUGUGAUCAAUAUUUAGCGAAGGUUUUGUUUUUGCUUUCUUCAACCAUUUUUAUAUCUUGUCAGUAAGAGAUGUAUAGUCUGAGAAAUUAAUUGAAACAAGCAAACGAAAACGCUCCAAGGAAGGAGGCACCGUGAACAUAAUUUUUCAUCGUUGAAGCAAAGAGAAAGACAAGGCAAUAGAUUAGCUAGGAUUUUUGUUCUUGUUAAACACUGAGAGUAAAACUUGUGAUAUUUGUGUGUCUAUAUCUUUAUAUGUAUAUUUACACAUUGGUUGCUACGAAAAUUGGAGAAACCAAAAACGGGAUGCCUAUAGUAGAGCACAGAUGCUGUGUGGCUCAACUAAAAUCCAGUUGCAGACAGUGAUUACCUUAUUCGAAACUGAAUUCUGAUUGAUUCAAAACAAAGCCCACUAACGAACAGGAUCACCAAUAUUGUAAAAUGGACAAGAGGAGCAAACAAAAAAUGUAUUUUAUAAGCUAGGUUAAACCAACUUUAAAAUAUCAAAAAAAAAAAUGCGAUAAACAAUUCGAAACGGUUUUUAUUUUUUAUAUAUACAAAGAUCAAUGAGGGAUUAUAUUACCAGCGGAGAAGAUAUACUAGUGUUUGUACAAUACAAUAAAAUUAAUAUAAAUGCUAA